GCUCAGUCUGGAGUGUGCGCCGCCGGCUCUCGCGCCAGCCGGAAGUGCCUCCCCCUCGAAGCAAAGGACUUCCGUUGGGUCUGCAGGGUAGUCGGAAUCAGCAUGGCGGUCUCUUUGGCCGGGAAAAAAAUCGUGUUUGUCACGGGGAACGCCAAGAAGCUGGAGGAGGUCAUUCAGAUUCUGGGCGAUAAGUCUCCAUGCACUUUGGUGGCACAGAAAAUUGACCUGCCGGAGUACCAGGGAGAGCCUGAUGAGAUUUCCAUACAGAAGUGUCAGGAGGCAGCUCGCCAGGUACAGGGGCCUGUACUGGUGGAGGACACCUGUCUGUGCUUCAAUGCCCUCGGAGGCCUCCCUGGCCCCUACAUAAAAUGGUUUCUGGAGAAGUUAAAGCCUGAAGGUCUCUACCAGCUCCUGGCUGGUUUCGAUGACAAGUCUGCCUAUGCGCUCUGCACUUUCGCACUCAGCACGGGGAACCCCAGCGAGCCAGUUCGCCUGUUCAGGGGCCGAACCUCGGGUCAGAUCGUGGCGCCCCGAGGCUGCCGAGACUUUGGCUGGGAUCCCUGCUUUCAGCCUGAUGGAUAUGAGCAGACGUAUGCAGAGAUGCCCAAAGCUGAGAAGAACACCAUCUCCCAUCGCUUCCGGGCCUUGCUUGAGCUGCAGAAAUACCUCGGCAGCCUCGAUGCCCCAGUAGUUGGUGAUGAUCGCCCUGGCCGGGGAACUGGGGAAGGCUAGCCUGCCGCCUCCACCAUCAGACAGGCAGCCCUCCAAAUACUGCCUUCCUGGUCUCCACUUCCUAGAGGGGGUUGAGACAGCCUCACCAGCCCUGUUUGGAGGAGCAGCUGGCUCUGCUUGGAGGAACUUGGGGCCCUUGGGGAUUCAGUGGUCCCUCCUACAGCCUCCUGGCCUGGGAUCCUGAAAGGACUUGGAUGUUAAAACUGGCCAUGGUGGGUCCGAGGGCUUGGGCAGAACCACACACAAAUCGCCCUCGACAUUUUUGAAAUGGCAGAAAUAAAAAUACUGGAAGGCACUUGCCUCCAGAAUAAACUGGAUAUAUCAGCUUUGAAACCUA